AGGACUAAAUAGUUAUUUACCAUUGAUUAAUGACACAUUGGAGUGGCCUUCUAGAAAGGACUAUGGCUGCCUUAUUGGAAGGUUUCCUUAACGAACUUUCAAAAUCUAAAUUCCCAUUUCAAACUCGUCUUCUAUGUUCACUAAUAAACCUGAACCUCUUCUUUCCUUCUCGACGAAAAUUUCAAAUCCUCAAUUCUCAAUUGCUACAUUUCGAUCUAUUUUCUCUUUUUUUCAGUCCAAUUAUUGCCCAUCAGUCUCUCACACCAAGCAAGCCCAUGCCCGCAUCAUCAUCUCCGGUCUCGCUUCCAAUUCAUCUCUCAUGGGUCAUCUCCUCACCUUUCUCGCUCUCACUCCAUCAACCCCAUUUGACUAUUCUCUUUCAAUUUAUCAAACACUCUCAUCUCCAACUGUUUUCGCUUCCAAUAACAUGAUCCGGUGCUUUACAAAGACUGAAUCGCCACUUAACGCUGUUGUUUUUUACUCAUCUAUGUUGAGAAGUUGUGUAAUACCCAAUAAUUAUAGUUUCACUUUUCUUUUGCAAGCUUGUGCAAAGGGUUUUGGUUUAAAUGAAGGGGCUCAGGUUCAUGAUCAUGUGGUGAAGUUUGGGUUUUGUGAGGAUGUUUAUAUUAGGAAUGCUCUGAUUCACCUGUAUUCUGCUUGUUGUCAUAUUGAGAGUUCAAAAAGGGUUUUUGAUGAGAGUCCAAAUAAGUGUGAUGUUGUUACUUGGAAUGUUAUUUUGGCUGGAUUUGCAAGAGAUGGACAAGUUGGUGUUGUGGAGAAGUUGUUUGAUGAAAUGCCUGAAAGAGAUGUUGUCUCGUGGAAUACAAUGAUUAUGGCUUAUCUGCAUAAUGGGGAGCUUGAAGAAUGUUUAGACUGUUUUCGAAGGAUGAGAGAAAGUGGGUUUAUUCCAAAUGAGGCUACAUUGGUGAUGAUGCUCUCAGCAUCUGCGCAGUUGGGUUUGGUUGAACACGGUCGGUUGGUGCAUUCUAUUAUAGAUUAUUUGGAUAUUCCAAUGACAGUUGCUCUUGGGACAGCUCUCCUUGACAUGUAUGCAAAGUGUGGGUGCAUUGAAAAGUGUAGGCUUUUCUUUGACAAAAUGCCCCAACGAGAUAUUUCAACAUGGAAUGUUAUGAUUUGCGGGAUGGCAUCACAUGGCCUUGGAAAGGAAGCUCUUGCACUCUUUGAGAGGUUCUUAAAUGAAGGACUACGUCCAGUGAAUAUAACCUUCAUUGGUGUUUUGAAUGCUUGUAGUCGAGCAGGUUUGGUAAGGGAGGGCAAACAUUAUUUCAAGAUGAUGACAGAAAAUUAUGGCAUUGAACCAGAGAUGGAGCAUUAUGGCUGUAUGGUUGAUCUCUUGGGUCGAGCAGGUUUAGUCUCCGAGGCUAUUGAAAUGAUUGAGAAGAAUGUUGUUUCACCAGACCCAGUAUUGUGGGCAACACUUCUCUGCGCCUGUAGGAUUCAUGGAUUAGUAGAAUUGGGUGAAAAUAUUGGGAAUAAAUUGAUAGAAUUGGAUCCAACAUAUGAUGGACAUUAUGUACAAUUAUCCAGUAUUUAUGCCAAGUCUAGAAAAUGGGAUCAGGUAGUAAGAGUUCGAAGGCUGAUGGCUGAAAGGAACACUAGUAAAGUUCCAGGUUGGAGCUUGAUUGAAGCCCAGGGAAGAGUCCAUCGAUUCAUUGCAGGCGACAAAGAACAUGAGCGUUCAAUAGAGAUAUACAAAAUGCUCAAUAUAAUUGAAACUCGUGUAGCUGAAGCCGGCUAUGUUCGUAAUUUAUCAUCAGUUUUACAUGACAUUGGGGAGGAAGAAAAAGAAAAUGCAAUUAAGGUGCACAGUGAGAGAUUGGCAAUUGCUUUUGGGUUUUUAGUAACAGGAGCUGGAGAUUGCAUUCGAAUUGUAAAAAAUUUAAGAGUUUGUAGAGAUUGUCAUGAGGUCACCAAGAUGAUAUCCAGAGUUUUUGAGAGGGAGAUUAUAGUGAGAGAUGGAAGCAGAUUUCAUCAUUUUAAGGAGGGGAAAUGUUCAUGUCUUGAUUAUUGGUAGAAUAAAACCAUAAGCAUUUCUGUUCAGUGGAGUCUCCAUUUCUAUUUUUUGUCAGGAAAUUUCUAACAUAGUUCUUUACAGGGUAGAUUAGAAAUAAGAACUUACCUGUCUGCUUUACCUUGUA